ACGCGGGAGCUACCGCCGCCGCGUUCUAUUUUCUUUUUUUCUCCUCAGCCGGCAGCAGCCUGCGCCCUGCCUCCCGCCUCCUCCUCCCGCAGCGCCGGCCAGCUGCAGCCAGACAAGGGCACGCGGGGCACGCGGGGCCUCGCCUACACCCGAGAGGGCUGCGGGCGCGCGCAGGCAGCGGAGCGGAUCCCGGCGCCGCGGAAGCUGCGAGCGCCCCCCUCCCGGAGGUCGCCGCGCCGUUCCCGGGGUGACUCUACACCUGGCUGACUUUAGAAUUCUUCUGGCUUUUAAUUUUUUUCUUUUUUAAAUAACUUGGACGGAUAAAAGAUGUGCCAUGGCAGGAUAGCACCAAAGAGCACCUCAGCGUCUGCCGUGGCCUCUGUGGGACAUGGAGUGUUUCUUCCGCUGGUGAUCCUUAGCACCCUUCUUGGAGACGGACUUGCCUCAGUGUGUUCCCUGCCCCCGGAGCCAGAGAAUGGUGGCUACGUUUGCCACCCCCGGCCCUGCAGAGACCCCUUGAACUCAGGCAGUGUCAUCGAGUACCUGUGUGCUGAAGGCUACGUGCUAAAGGGCGAUUACAAAUACCUGACGUGUAAGAAUGGUGAAUGGAAACCAGCCAUGGAGAUUAGCUGCCAUCUUAACGAGGAGAAAGACACCAAGACAUCAUUUGGGGUCCCCACACUAUCCAUCGUGGCUUCCACCGCCAGCUCCGUGGCACUCAUUCUCCUCCUCGUGGUGCUGUUUGUGUUGCUGCAGCCAAAGCUGAAGUCGUUCCAUCAUAGCAGGCGUGACCAGGGGGUAUCUGGGGACCAGGUCUCCAUCAUGGUGGAUGGAGUCCAGGUUGCACUACCGUCAUAUGAGGAGGCUGUGUAUGGCAGUUCCGGUCACUGCGUGCCGCCCGCUGACCCCAGAGUACAGAUUGUGCUGUCAGAGGGGUCGGGGCCUAGUGGGAGGAAUGGGCCACGGGAGCAGCAGCUACAGGACCAGGGGGCUUGCUCCUCUGCAGGUGGAGAGGAGGAGGCCCCGGGCCAGUCUGGACUGUGUGAAGCCUGGGGCUCCCGGGGCUCAGAGACUGUGAUGGUGCAUCAGGCAACCACCUCUUCCUGGGUGGCCGGCUCAGGGAACAGCCAACUGGCACACAAAGAAGCCCCGGAUUCAGAGAACAGUGACAUACAAAGCCUUUUAUCCCUCACGUCGGAGGACUACACAGACGGUAGGUGGUCUGCACCCAUCAUGAAUUGCUAGCAGCUCCAGGCCCUCCUGGGAGUAAGGAAAGAUAUAUCCCGCUGUUGAAAGAAGCAUGAGGUUUGCCACCGGCCUCUCUCCUCUGCAAUGGUCCUCUCUGCCCUUCUUCCCUCUCCCUGUGGGUUUGAGCACCCUGCCCGGCUAGCUGAGCUGCCACCUGUGGAUCUCUGAGGGCAUGCAGGCCCACCUUGCUGGAAACUCAAGGAAGAUUCUUGUCAUCUGCCUGCUUGACAGCUGGAGGAACUGGCUUUUUGCCUGGUCCAGCCUUCCCAUCUGUGUCGGGAACAUGUUUGAAUGUGCCGGACUGAACCCUUCCUUUCCCUGGGCCUCUGGGAGCUCUCCAGCCAAUUCUUUGGUGGCCGCCCCAACCAGCCCACAUGGGCCAGAGAACCGCUGUGUUUACUUGUGCCUUCCCCCCACCCUGUCCAGGUUCCCUGUCACGCAGGCCUGUUGCUGUCCUACAAGCCUUAGUGUCUGCACUGCUGCCCCCUGCCACACAAGGGGUGGGCCUGGGUCUGGCUUGUUUCCUUUGAGGGCUUAUCAGGAGCAGAUCCAAGAGUGGGAGCUGGGGAGACAAGAGGGACUAACUGGAGCAAGAGUGUGGGUCCUUGGGCCUGCCCUUGGUUGACACUGGUGGCACGUUUUCUUGGCUGGGGACGGAGGAUGUGGAAAAUCUGCCGAAGCUGACCCAGCACCAGCUGUCCAGCUCAGAGGUGCCAGCUCCUGGCCCUGCUGUGUUGAGCUUCCAGGGGAUCCCAGGGGAGGGCAGGAAGGUGGCUGAUAAUGGUUGUCUUCCUAAUAGGCAAGUUCUCGCCUCCUACUUCAGCGUGGCUUCCCGGUCUCCGCUUUUCUUUUUCUGGAGUAUAAGGGGAAGUUGCAUGCUGCCACCUGGGGUUUAUGCGGCAGCUCCUGCUACCUUGCUGCCCACAGAGUUCUGAGGGGAAUCAUACCUGGGACAGGAGCUCGUUGAGAUGCCAUGGACUGCCCAUCUGCUCACUGACAGACAGGGCAAGUUGCCCGUUCUGGGUUUGUGGUGACGGAGGGGAACCUGAGAGGCACAGACUAAGUCCCCAGGCAGCUGCAGGCAGCUCCAGCCCCAGUCCUGAGGGUCCUCCUCACCACAGUCACGUGCCUUAGUAACUGGUCCAGGAAGUGUCCUGCUGCUUGCUGCACUGCUGCUUUUCUUACUCUUGCCCUCCCCUGCUGUCCCUUCCUGCUCACAGCUGACAGAUGACUCCCUGGUCUUCUUGGGCAAGGGGGAGGGGCUGAGAGGCAGUCCUCACCCCACACACCCUUGUGGGCUGCCUGUGGGUGAAGGGUUGCAGAGCAGCCUGGCACCUGGACCUGGUGUUAAAGGAGUGGGCUCUGUGCUCCAGAUGCUUCUCCGGCUCUCGGCUCUCGGCUUUCCCUUAGCCACGUUGUGAAUGCUGACAAGGCUUGGGUGGCAAAGCUCAGGCAGGCUGCUUCCAUCUUUAAAAAACGUGGCAUUUACUUUUGUUUCUGAAACAUUGGGGCUGGGGAACUUCCCCCCAACCUCCACCCCAUGCUGCCCCUCCGCUCCUUCCCUGAGCCUCUCGGGUGGUAAAAUAAUAAAGAGCCCAAUAUAUUUUCAGUACCUGACCAAGCAGGGUAGCUCCAGGAGUGGGUGGCCUGGAAGAUUAGGGAAAUGGCCUCCUCUCAGCCUCCUGCCUCCACUCACACACGCACUUUACUACCCGCUCAUUCCUGGCCUCUUUCUGUCUCUCUUGUUUUCCUUUCUCUCAGGGUAAGGGCAGUGCCUGCUGUGCCUGUUAGCCACUCCUCCUCCCCCUCUCCCACCCAGGAGCCUGAGAAUUCUGUGCCUGAAGCCCAGGCCAGCAUGGUGAGGCAUGGAACAGGUUGUCAAAGAUGCCAGAACUAGAGGUCAGAGCCUUUGAGGGAGAUGAAAUGUACCAGGGGGCUGUCAAAAGAGGCCAUUUCCAGAAGAGUGCCUGCCAGCAGUCAUGGGCUCUGGGGCUAUCUGGAUGGUGGGUCCCUCAUGACCCAGCUGCCUCCCUGUGCCUGGGCUCCUUCCCCGCAGGGGUGCCCUUGUCUUCCUCCAAAAAAGAAAGCAGGGCACAUGGUGUGGGAUUUGGAGUCUGCUGAGCCUGCUGAUUUAUUCCCAGUCAUCCAAAACCUGAAUUCUAGCUGAGUUUUUUCUUUUAAUGAGAGAUCUUACUCUUUUUUUAUAGCAUACUCUGGCAUUUUCCCUCCCCUAAGAGAUUGCACUUUUUGUUUUGGGAUUAUUCAGCCCCAUAGGUUACUGGCUCAGGCCUUGGAAAAAUGAAAAGCCUUCCUUCUGCAGCGUUCUUCCAGCCAGCCACCAUCAACCCUGUCCUGGGGACACAGACCCAAACUUGUGUGCCGGCAGGAAGGAAAGAAGGGUAAAUGGGAGCCUCCUGUUUUGGCCCCACCUCUCCUCUUCACUUCCUCCCCUCACUCCCUUGUCACUGACAUGGAUGAGGCCCACUUCUGGGCCUGUGGGUGCAGGAACCAGGCUUCAUCCUGCUGGCAUCCAUGACAGCUGUUCGUUCUCUUUGCCUGGAGCAGUUUCUUGCCAUCAACCAUUUGCUACUGUCCAGGAGCUUCUGGGUUUUUGUCCCUUGCAGGGGAUUAGGGACUUCAUAGCUGCCAGGAAGGAGGCUGUCAGACGAGCCUGGAGCAGGUGGGAGAACUGUCCGUAGCCUGGCUUUUCUGGGCUCACCUCUAGGGGAGUCCACAGAGGGCUUCUCCAGGAGAGUGGUCAGCACCAAAGGACUUUAUUUGAAAAGGUAUUUUUUGCACACAUGAGCUAAUAACUCAAUGCAGGUUUUAUGUCCUGGCAACUUGCAGUUAUAUUCCAGUGACUUACAAGGGCCAGUCUUUGGUGAAGAUCACAUAUAUUUCCAUCCCUUUCCAUGCCUUAGUUUAGCAAGUAGGCUCUAUCUUUUGCCAUUUCUGUAUUUUGUGUGCUGUGUUCCCAUUUCACUCAGUGUGAACUGUGAAAUGGGCUGAGUCCUGGCCAAUUGUGAGUUCUUUUGGGUUAUAAGGCAUUUCAGUGUGUGUUCUAACACUCCAUUUGCAAAUAAAACUGGAACUAAUGUUAUCUUCCCCAUUCAUCUUGCCUUCCACCCCCCACCCCCCCAAGUUCUGUGGAAUGGCAAGACUGACAAAGGUAUCUUCUUCCUGCCUCGUUCGUUAGUGGUGGCACAGGGACAAUAGCACUCAGCCUCUCCCUCCCAGUCUCAGCUGAGCGCUCAGACCACUUGCUUCCCCCGUAACGAUGUCACUUCCAUUCCCAGAUUACAUGCUUACAUCAAGAGCAGAAUAUGCUGCAAACAUUUCUACAUCCUUGCUUCCCGCCCCCCCACCCCACCCCACCCCCGCCAAAAGAGAAUAAAGGACCAGAGGGAAGUGGUAUGCAGGCUUUCCAGCUGAACCCCAGAUGUGCUGGCUGGGAGCUUCUCUCAGGGCCUCCUGGGGCUCAGCAUAGGGACAGACAUUACCGAUGAUCAGUGAAGAGCUCAGAGGGAAUUUGUUUGGCAGGCUCAGCUUUGCUGGAAAACUCGUAAUCUCCAGUUGAAAACCUAGUAGAAUUUUGAAUGAAACCUCAGAGUUAAACCCUGCGCCAGGCAGCAGAGCUCUCUGGAGAGGGUGCAGGGGCAGAGCACUUGGAUUGCCAAGCAGGGAGGAGAGAUGGACGAGGAUUGUGUGGCCGCCUACCACACCCUGCCCUGGCUUAUCACACCACUAUGGAAACUUGCAGAAUGGUACUCACAUAAUGGUUUAAAACAACACUUGCAUCAUUGACUAUGUGCAGGAUGUCAGUCAGUUUGGGUUUGCUUUAUUUUAUAUAUAUUUUUUGGUAUCCUGUACAUUGCAGUGGGUGUGAAGAUAGUAUUUUAAUAUUUGUACAAAGUUUAAUUUAAUUUUAAUUCUAUGUAUAUAACUGCAUUUCUAAAUAAUAAAAAAAGUUCUUACGA